GCCAUUCCCCACAUGAACUGCGAGGGCCUCCGCCGCUCCCUCCGCUCGCCGGCGGCAGGUCCCCUGGACGACGACGACCUCCUCUCGGAGAUCCUCCUGCGCCUCCCACCGCAGCCGUCCUCCCUUCCCCGCGCCUCCGCCGUCUGCAAGCUCUGGCACAACCUCCUCUCCGACACCCGCUUCCUCCGCCGCUUCCGCAUCCGCCAUAGCCGCAACCCAGCCCCCUUCCUCGGCUGCUUCAGCGGAGGCACCGGCCUCUCCUUCACACCAGCUCUGGGCGCCCCCAACCGUGUGCCCCUCGAGCGCUUCUCCCUGCAGAUCGACGACGGGGACCGACUCUAUCCCCGCGGAUGCCGCCAUGGCCUCGUACUCCUCUCCGACCUUAAGCGGAAUCAGUUCCUGGUCUGGGACCCCGUCACCGGUGACCGGCACCGCGUUGUCCUUCCCCCGGGGUUUGAGGGACAAGGGAUAAGCAACCCGAUCAAUGGGGCGGUGCUUCGUGCCAUGGGAGACGUCCACUUCAAGCUGGUCUUGGUCAUGGUAGACAUCAACGACGAGAUACAACAUAGACAAGUGGUCGCAAGAGUUUACUCGUCACAGACCGGCUUAUGGGGCGAUCUCAUCUCAAUGCCGCUUCCACCCGAGGCUAAUCAGGGCUGGUAUCACACCAGCGUUUGUCCGCAGCCCUCUGUGCUGGUUGGGGGUUCCCUUUACUGGAUGCUUAGGGGGAAGUUUGAAGGAAUUCUCGAGUUUGAUUUUGUCAGGCAGAGCCUAGCCGUGAUACAAGUGCCAGUGAAUAUGUUUGAUGGGGGCUGCUGCUUCACGCUUGUGCGAGCAGAGGGUGGUGGGCUGGGUUUCCUCUCCGUGUCAAAAUCCGCCGCCAAAGCCUGGUUAUGGAAGACGAAUACAGGCUGUGAUGGUGGUGUAUCAUGGGGGCUAGGAAGAACUAUUGAACUGGACAAGCUACUCUCCCUCAAUUCAAAGAAGUACAUAAGAAUACUGGGGUAUGCUGAGGAGAAUAAUUUGGUGUUCAUGGGCACACCUGUUGGCUUCUUAAUGGUCCACCUUCAGUCAUGGCAGGUCACAAGGCUUUCUGAAUCCAUCCUCUAUUGUCCCCAUCAUCCAUUCGAAAGUCUCUAUAUUGAAGAAAAAGACACUGGUGGUAGACACGAUGGGGCUGAAAUUCCACACAAUGCAUAAGAUGAUUGUCUGGUUAGAUAUGCCAUUAUGGUGUUUUGGUUGAGCAGGUAUCUAGAGUUACAUUCCCGUCAUGCAAAUGCAGAGAUGUAUUAGUGGGUGUAGGUUCUUCCAUUUUGUGCGGUGAUUGUCCCUCUAUGUAGCAUGCACUGGUCACCAUAAGGUGGACUUGUAUGAAUCAAUCGCUUAAUUUGCUAACUCCUGUCUAUUAUUUAAUUAUGUAGACAACCAGCAUGAUGGUUGAAGGCA